AUGAAUAAUUAAGAAUUAUUAGAAUUAGUAGAUAUUGAUUAAGAAGCUGGAUGGCGUAUUCUAUAAGCAAAGAAUAUAAAGUUGAAUGAUAUUAUCUACUCAGAUUUUAAUUAAUAAUAUCUAGCAAUUUGUUUAAAAGAUUAUACUAUUUUUGAGCAUUGUCUUGAUCAUGUAUUAAAAUAUGAAAACAAUGAACUUUUUCAAUUUAUAUACAAAUACUUUGAUAAAGAAUUCACAUACAACUGCCUUUAGAUGUAGCCUUGUUUUUCUUGUUAUAAACAUACAGAUGUGAUUGAAUAAAUAAAGAAACCAAUAUAAAAUGGAUAAAGGUCUAAAAUGAUUACAUAUCAAUUUCAGAAAAUCUAUGAAAUAUCUGAGAUCUAAUUAGAUGUGAGAGAAGAAUUUUAAGGACGCAUAAGAAUCCAUUUACCAGGAGAUGAAAUAAUCCCUUUUACUUAAGAACUUAAACCUCCUAUUAUUGCAUAAUCAAUCACAUUAGAAUAUCCAUUACAAGAAAUAGAUAGACAUUCUAAUAUUUGUAUAUGUAGUACUUUUAGAAGGGAAGUUGAGGAGUGUCCAAGAUGUUAAGGAAAACAAUUAUAAAUAACUUUUUCUUGUACUCCUGUAAUUGAUAUUUAAGCAAUAACAAAUGAAUCAGAAGUACAAUUAAUAAAUAAUAUAAUUUCUGAUUUAGAAUAAGUGAAAUAGUAGAAUUAUGAAAAGUUGAAGGAAUAUUAUAAUGCUAUUUCAUAAUAUAAGUUUAAAGUUUAAAUGAUUCAAAUGAUGAAAGAGGCUUAUAAAGAAUUUAAUUAAGCAGCUAUAUUAUCAAAAAGGUAUAGUAGACGUGUUAGAUAAUUUUAUAAUGGAAUGGAAGAAGAAAGAGAAUUAUGUUAAUUUUCAAAUUGUAUAGAAUGCAGUAGAAGAGUUCUAUGUUAAGCUGAGAAUGUAAGUGAAUCUUUAUUACGUAAACUUUACUUUUCUAAUAAUGUCACACAUAAAGAAAGAGAAACUGCUAUUAAAUUACUUUAACCUACAAUAAUUUAUUAAGUAAAUGAUUUAGAUUAGAUUGCAAUUAGAGAGGAUAUAUACAGAGAGUUCUGUUUAUAAGCUUAAUUAUAUUUAAAGGGUGAGAAUAAAAUGGAAUUUAUUAAUUAAUUUUUAAUGAAAUGCAAAGAACUAAAAUUAGAUGAAAUUAUUAUAGCAAUCUUAAAAACAUUAAAUUAAGUAUAAAUCACUUAAAUUUAAUAAUUAUUGAGUGAUAAUAAAGUAGAAAGUAUAUGUUUAAAAGAUAAUAUCAUAAGUUAAUUAUUUUUAAUUGAAAAUGUAGAAGUUUAAGAAAAUUUAAGAGAGUUAGUAAUUGGGAUUUGUAAAGUUGAUGAAAUUUUAGGAUUGAAUUUAUUUUUAAAUGGAUUGUAAUAUACAAAUGAUACUUCUUUUUAUUAACUUUUUGAUGAAAUUAAAAUUAAAUCAGCAGGAGAUGCAGUUGUUGAAUAUUUAGUAGGUUUUAUAAAAGAGAAUUAUAGAAAAUUAGAAUCUUAGAAAAUAUUAAAAUGUUUUGAAAUGAUUUAAAAAUGUUGGAAUAUUUUAAGUAAUGAUCAAUUAAAAUGGUAUAUUGAAUUAGAUAAAUUAUUUAAUCAUAUUGGUUAAAAUAAUGCAAGAAUUAAUUAAGUAAUAUAUUUCAAAUUAUAUUUAGAUAUAUAAUCAUUUAUAUUAGAAUAUGUAGAUUAAUGAUAAUUUCGAGAUUCUAAAAUACUUUAUUUUAUAAUUAUUAAAUGAGAAUCAAUAAAAUCAAUAAAUUUAAAGACUUUCAUAAAUGAUUCAUAAUCUCUUAUUUAAGAAAUUAGAUUUUAGAAUUCGAAUAUGGCCAUACAAAACAAAUCAAUAAUUUUAUUAAAAGGAGGUUGAAUAUUCAUCUGUAAAUUUUGAAACGUAAAUUAUAUUAAAUAAUUAAAUAGAUUGGAAUAAUUAAAAGAAAUGGCAUAAAAAGAUUUAGGUUUAGAACCUCAAUUUGAUUUUAUAAUAUAAGAAAGGAUAGUAAAUGAUACUAGUCUUGAUUUAGAAUUGGUAUAUAAAGGAUUUUAUAUACCUGAGAAAGCAAAGUAAUUUAAAAAUGGAUAAAAAAUAUUAUCUAUAAACAAUGCAUAAUAAGACCCUUAAAUUCAAAAAGAGAAACAAAAAAUUAAAGAAUUAAUAUAAUAAAAAAUUUUAAUGGAGAUAAAUUAUUCAAUAUAAGGUGUUGGAAAUCAUGAUGAUUUGCCUUAUAUUCCAAGUUUAGCAGAUGAGAAAAAAUAAUAGUUAGAAAAAUAAAUAUCAAGUGUAAUAGAACCCUAACAUUUAAAAAUCUUAUUUACAUUAAUUAAUAAUUUAAUAUAAGAAGGAAAGAGAUUCAUGAGUACAGUGUAAAAGAUUGUAGGUAUAAUGAGAUUUUUAUGUAAUUCAUCAAAUUAAAUAAAACAAUAAAUUAUUAAUUGUUAAGGGAUUGUUGUAUUAAUCAAGAUUUACUUAUAAGAACCAAAUGAAAAUGAAAAAUUAUUAGAUUUUAUCGAUGAUUUAUUAACUUAAACAACUUAAAUGAGAAGAAGAUUUAGUGAAAAUAUUGAUCCAUUUGAAUUAAAAUUCCAUGAUAAAGAAAGUGUAACACUUCUUUAUUAAGUUAUUAAUCAUUUAGAAUUAAAUCCAACUUAAAGGAUAACUAAAACAUUAAUACAAAUUAUUCCAUUAAUUAUUCGAGAUUUAAAUGAACCAAUAUAAGCAUUAAUUAAAUAUUUUAAAAAGAGCAUUAAAUUUGAAUGGAAUAAUCAAUAAUUAGCUUUUUUUGGAUCAAUAUUACAUGCAACUCCAACUCAUUAUUAAAAGUUAAGAGAAGCAACAUUAAAUAGUGGCAUAUAUCAAUUAGCAAUUGAAUCUUAUUUAUAAAAUUAAUCACUUGAAGUUUGGAGUGAAACAAAUGCAAGUUGUUUAAAAAUUAUAUUUUCUGUUGCUAUAGGAUCUAGAGAAUGUUAAUUGUUAUUAAAUGAAAUAGGAUUCAUGUAAUAAAUAUUUUAACAUUCAAACAAUCAUAAUUAAGUGAUGAAAGAAUUAUCUAAGGUUUGUAAUGAUUGUAUAAAUUUUAUAAAGAAUGAUGAUGGAUAACAUAUUAUAUAAGAAUUAAAAACUACAAUAAAUAAACUAACAAAGGAUAAAGAUUAAAAGUUUGAAGAAAGUUAUAAAAAUAAAAAACAAUAAAUAUAGAAGAAAUUUCAAAAAUCAAGUUAUAAUUAAAAAAUAUAAUCUUUAUAAAUUGAGAAAGGAUUAUAGUGUGUAGCUUGUAAAGAAGGUUAUUCAUUAAGUUAAAAUUAAUUAGGGAUAUAUGUUUUUUCUCUUCCUUAUUAAAUUCCAGAAGAAAAAGCAUUUUUAUCUAUGUAGAAAUAAGAAACUUAUGGUUUAUAAAGUGUAACUUAUUUUACAGUAAUUCAUUCAUCUUGUCAAAAAGCAAGUGUAGAUUGUGCAAUAAAAUCUUAAAAAGAUGAGUAACCAAAAUCAAGUGAAGAAAUAUUUUGGGAAUGUGCAAUAAAGAAUAAUGGUUGUAAAUGUAAUAAUUUUUUACCUUUGAAAGGUGGAAAUAAUUAUGAUUAAACUCUAGAAAUUUAUUUUAAAAAAUGUGAAAAGAUAUUAAAAAAUAAAAUACCUUCUAAAUGUUGGUUACUUUUAAAUGAUUUAAAAGGAUUAAUUUUUAGAAUGGCUUAAUAAGAUGAUUUAUCAGUUGAUGCUGGUGCUAGUACUUAUGAACAUAAUCUUAAACUAAUUCCAAUCAUGAUGACUGCAAUUUUAUCCUGUAAUAUUACAUAAUAUUCUCAUCUUAUGUCAACUUAAUAAACUUCAUUUGAAUAUAUUUCUAUUGCUAUCAUUGUUGCUUUAUUUCAUCCUUAUUCAGAUUGGCAGCAUUAUUUAAAUGUUUAUUCAAAAGAUGCUAAUCCUCAUUUACUCAAUGCAAUCAAAAUUGUAGAUACCAUAAUGGUGAAUAUUUUAUCUAAAGUAUAAAAUGAUUCAAAUUAUCAAAAAGCCUUAGAUAAAUUUCUCAAUUAAGAUUAAUUUGAUGUAAUUAUUAUUCAUAUAAUUCUUAGAUUGCUCUAUAAUUUGAGAAAUUACCCAUAGAAUACAACAAAAAAUGA